AAUUUUCAUCUUAUCUUAUCUGGAAUUGGAUGAGAAGUGUGUUUGGUUAGAUGUUUCUCCAAUUAUCACCAGAUAAGUUAGUGCUAGUCAGUAUUUGACUUUCAACAGUUUCACUACUUGUGUUCAUUGUGAAGUCAGCACCUAACAUCACUUUAAGACUAUAAAAGGUGUCAAAGAGACAGAAUUGGGAGCUACAUUUACAUUGAAUUUGUACAAUUUGUUGGGAGUUUCUUUUCAUCAUGGAGUGGACAUGGUCAACGACAAUAAGUUUGGUCACUAUAAUAGCCUCCAUGGCAUUGUACUUCAUUGCUCGUUAUUUUGUAAAGAAAUAUGAGCGCUAUAAAAAAUCCCCACCUGGUCCUUGGGGACUUCCAGUAAUUGGAUCCUUAUUGACAUUGAAUAGAGAGAAUGCUAUUUUGAAAAUUCAAGAGUACAAGAAAACCUAUGGAAAAAUAUUUUCAAUGAACGUCGGAAACUUCAGGGUGGCAGUUAUAAAUGAUUACAAACUAAUACACGAAGCAUUUAAGCGUGAAGAAUUCCUGGGAAGACCUGAUUUUGAAUCAUACGUGUUGAGAAACGGUGGUUUUAAAAACCGUGGAGUACUAUUUUCGGAUGGGACACAAAAUUGGCACGAACAAAGGCGUUUUGCGCUUCGAACGUUACGAGAUUUCGGUUUCGGUAAACGAACCAUGGACGGAUUACUGCUUCAGGAAGUAGAAGAAUUGGUUCAGUAUUUUAAGAAAGAAUAUAUUGGAAAACCAGUGGACUUAAAGCAUAGUUUUAACCGUUCGGUUUUCAACUCUGUGUGGUACAUUAUCAGUGACCGACGGUUCGAAAGAACAGAUCCAGUUUUCAUGAAAAUGAUAUCAUUGUUCACUGGGCAUUUAGAUAAAGUAACAUUAUUUAAUGCCGGACAUUAUUAUCUGUGGCCAGCAAAAUAUAAUUUAAUUCGCCGUGGAUUAUGGAAGCAGGCGAAAAUUAUGCACGACACAGCGAAAUCUUUUACAAAGACGGUGAUCAAAGAUCAUUUAGAUAACUACGAUGAGAAUGUAUCAAAGGAUUUCAUUGACGUCUAUCUGCACGCUCACAAUAAAAGUCCAUCUACUGGCUCUGGUUUUUACGGCGAAGAAGGACUGGAAAAUUUGAAUAUACUUCUCCUGGAUUUAAUAGGCGCUGGAACCGAGACAACAAGCACGACGUUACUCUGGGCUCUCCUUUUCAUGACAAAAUAUCCAGAGGUGCAGAAGAAAUUACACGAAGAAAUUGAUCUUGUGCUGGGAAAGGAUCGUCAGCCGUCACGUGACGAUAGACUGAUGAUGCCAUAUUUAGAAGCUUUUACCAAUGAAGUUCAUCGAAAAAGCUCUAUCAUUCCAAUGUCGGUGUAUCAUAAAGUUUUGAAAGACUGCGAUUUUGGCGGAUAUUUUUUCGAGAAAAAUACGAUUGUCUAUGCAAACAUUUACGAUGCUCAUCACGAUAAGGAGUUUUGGGGUGAUCCAGAAGUAUUUAGACCAGAACGGUUCUUAGAUUCUACUGGAACAAAAGUUGUGCCGAAAAAAGCUCUGAUGCCAUUUUCUACAGGGAAACGAAUUUGUUUAGGUGAAACAAUGGCGAGAGAUUCACUGUUUUAUUUUCUCUGUGGACUUUUACAAAGCUUUACAUUUGAGUUAGAUCCUUCGAGUGCUUCAGUGGACAUAGACACUCCGAAACCAAAUUUUGUCAAAGCACCACACAAUUUUAAAAUCAUUAUGUCGUCACGUUGAAAAUAAAUCAUUAGGAAGAGUGCCUUUGCUU